AUGAGAAUUGAGAACAAUACUGUUAGCUCUCAAGGUGCUUCGGGCAACGGGGCUACGUCGCCUUUUAGGUCGGUUGAGGUGAAUGGCAACCGCAGCACUUCAGUUCGCAAUGGAUCCUCAAAGCACGACGGCGAGUCAAAUUCUUCCUCAUUUACCAUGCUGGCCCCGCCUACACCGAAACCGAGCUAUUUUGGCCAUGACCGGGAGGAGAUAACCAGGAUUGCUAUUCAGUCGCUGGUAGAUUUGGGGUACCACCGGGCUGCGAGAGUAUUAGAAGAGGAGAGCGAGUACACAUUGGAGUCACAGGAGGUCUCGGACUUUCGUAAUGCUGUAUUAAAGGGGGAAUGGACAAAGGCGGAGGUCUUGCUCUUUGGAUUGGAAAUUGACAGCAAUCAUGACGUAAAUGCUUUGUUGUUUUACUUGAGGGAACAGAAGUUUCUUGAACUGCUGGAGGCUAGAGAUGUAUCAAAAGCUUUGCAAGUUCUCAGAACAGAACUUACGCCACUGAAUCAAAGUGUAGACAAGCUACACUCACUAUCAAGUUUGAUGAUGUGCAUAGACGCCGAAGAUCUCAAAACGCAAGCUGGGUGGGACGGGGCUGCAGGACUAUCCCGGCAACAUCUUCUCUCAGAGCUAUCCCGAUCAAUUUCGCCUUCUGUAAUGAUUCCUGAACAUCGUCUCGCCUCCCUACUACACCAAGUCAAACAAACCCAGAUUUCCAGAAAUCAAUUCCCACUAUCGACUAUACACAUCCUUAAAGAUCACGAUGAUGAGGUAUGGUUUGUGCAGUUCUCGAAUGAUGGGACAAAGCUGGCGACUGGAAGUAAAGAUAACACAGUAAUUAUUUGGGAUCUUGAGACUUUUGAAUACAUACAUAUAUUACGGGAACACACGAAUCAUGUGACUUGUGUUCAGUGGUCACCGGAUGAUACGCGCUUGUUGAGCUGCUCCACCGAUUCAAAAGCAAAGUUAUGGGAUACUAGAACUGGUGAAUGCAUCUGGACAUCAUCAGGCCACUCGGACUGGGUGAGCUGUUGUGCCUGGGCACCAGACGGGCAGACAUUCGUAACUGGUAGCGUAGACCGGGAAAUGAUAGUUUGGGACCUAGAGGGGAAAGAGGUGUACCGGUGGACGGGGUCUAGAGUAUAUGAUUUGGUAAUAACGCCUAACGGGCGACGGUUAGCCGCCAUCUGCACGCAAAAGAAGUUGCAUGUCUAUAACUUCGUAACAAGAGAGAAAGAGUACGAAAUUCAGAUGGUUUCGGAACUCACAUGCAUAUCUGUCAGCAAGGACUCGCGGUACAUUCUCAUGAACAUGGGGACUGGCUUGCAGGAGGUACAUUUGAUGGAUCUCGCGACAGCCGAAGUUGUACGGAAAUUCUCUGGGCAGAAGCAGAAGGAAUUCAUGAUACGAAGUUGUUUUGGAGGAGCAGACGAAAACUUCGUAGUUUCUGGCAGUGAAGACGCGAUGGUAUAUAUUUGGCACAAAGAGAACGGAACACUGGUUGAGACUCUACCUGGGCACUCGGGCAUCGUAAAUUGUGUUGCGUGGAACCCAGCAAACCCACAUAUGUUUGCAUCUGCAGGUGACGACCACAAAGUGCGAAUAUGGUCUAAAGCGCCCCAACACAAAGGCAAAAUGAAAGGUGUUGCCGAGGCCUUUGGUCAAUAG